ACUAUCAGAAUGUGAACUAACGUACCCUUGUGACUGGUCCUGAGAUUUAUCUCUAUUUACUCGUGUGUCUAUCCACAUGUGUCCUGUGUAUUUACCCACGUGAGGUAAAAUGAUUUCAUUAUCUUAAUACACAAUACAUUUUCUCUGUAAUCGCAGGACCUUCACAUGUACUAACAUUUAUCUUGGUCCAUGUCUUAAGCAUAUAAAUGCACACGAUGUUGAUGACACGGGUCGUGCUGUAUAUUGCUAUCUUAAUGAGCAUUGGACGUCACGUGACUGCUAAAAACCCAUCGUGUACAAAGACAUCAGCAUGCGCAUGCAAAUUCCCGGAUGGUUCAGGAAUUGAUUUAUCGGACCUCGAUAGUAAAGACCCUAAAACCCCAACGUUUGCCGAUGUACCUCCUGACAGUGGAAGUGACCAGUUCUCAUGGAACCCGUGUACGGCCUUUGAUGAGAAGGAUUGUAUGAACGUAGCGCUAUGCGACAUACACCAGAAUGACAAAAGUGCCGAGUAUUUUGCUAUAGGCACCCAGGACACGGCGGACUUCACAUAUACCAGCGAUGGACAACUACAGAUUACCUACAUCUACGAAGGGACAGGAAGAGCUAAACGACAGUCCUUCAUUACGUUGACAUGUGAUCCUCAACAGAGCGGCGUUUUCACUGCCACCGGAGAGAACCCGAGUGGUAGUGGCAUGUAUUAUUUUGACCUCACGUCUAAGUUGGCAUGCUACCCCAAGGAAUCUUCCGGAUCAUCGCUCUCCGUCGGGACCAUUAUUUGUAUAGCAUUCUUCAGUGUCAUUCUACUCUACUUUAUCGGGGGUGUUGUAUUCCAACUUGCCGUCAGGAAAGAACGAGGGACUAAUUUGAUUGUCCAUAAAGAAACCCUGAUUGGUAUUCCAGGAUUGAUAAAGGACGGAACCAUGUUUAUUUUCCGAAGAGGCACACUCACUGAACGUAAAAAGUUAAUACAUUGAAUAAGGAUUUAAUGUAUUCACUGUAAUGUAAUAUGAAAAGUUACUUCAAUAUGGUUUCUUUAUGUUUUUACCUUGGUACCGGGUUGAUAUCACAUGACUUGCCUACUAUGUCAUGAAACACGUCGAUGUCAGCUGCAGUCGGAGGUUGGGAAUGUAUCUACUGAAUGAUAAAUAACAGGUUAUACGGGACUUAAAAGUAACGAAAAUAAAUCGGCUACACACUUAACAGUA